AUGUCGACUUGUAUCACAACCUUUCUCCUCCUCUUAGCCACCGCCGUCACCGUCUGUUGCAAUCAAGAACAGGAGGUGGUGCAGAUGGCUCGGGACGAAGUUUUAGAAGCCGGGAAAUGGGCUAAGUCUACCCACAUGAUGUCACGUGGCUCCGACGGCCAUGACUUGGAGUCUCGAGGUGUGGCUUUAAGGGACUGCGCCAGGCUAUACGAUGAGAGUGAGAUUAGGCUGUCGAGGUUGCUGGUUUCUGGUGACAAUUACACGGCUGACGACGCCCGUACGUGGCUAAGCGGCGUCAUGGCCAGCCAUAGAACUUGUUUGGAUGGGCUGGUUGAGAUGGAUCUGGUUCAGGAAAAUCUGAGGCCAGCGAAAAACUUGACUUCGUUGCUUGCCCAAGCUUUGGCUUUGUAUAAUCGGAAGAAGAGUACCAUAGCUGUAGGAAGGGGUAAAACAAAGAAAAAAUUACAUAUGACAGGAUCGUACCCAAAUGAAGGAAUUUUAACGUCGUGGAAUCCAAGAACUUCAAAAUCUGAUAUGGUGGUGGCAAAAGAUGGUUCAGGCACUCACCGGACUAUCAAUGAAGCACUGACAGCGGUGGGUAGAAUGGGUCAUACACGACCCAGAAGAGUGAUCAUCUAUGUUAAAGCUGGUGUAUAUAAAGAAAAAGUGGAGAUCAACAACAAAUUGAGAAAUAUAAUGUUUGUUGGUGAUGGAAUGGAUCAAACCAUUGUUACUGCAGAUCGAAAUGUUCCAGAUGGUGCUACCACUUUCAGUUCAGCUACCUUCGGUGUUUCAGGGGAUGGGUUUUGGGCAAGAGAUAUGACUUUCGAAAACACAGCAGGGCCCCAAAAACACCAAGCAGUGGCACUACGAGUAGGUUCAGACCAUUCAAUAUUUUAUAGAUGUAGUUUUAACGGUUACCAAGACACUCUUUUUGUUCACUCCUUGAGGCAAUUCUAUCGUGAUUGUCAUGUGUACGGGACCAUUGAUUUUAUAUUUGGUGAUGCAGUAGCUGUUUUUCAAAAUUGUGACAUCUUUUUAAGGAGACCAAUGAGUCAUCAAGCCAACAUGAUAACCGCACAAGGUAGAGACUCUUCAGGUGAGAAUACCGGAAUUUCUAUACAAGGAUCGCGUGUUCGGCCAGCACCUGAAUUUGUUCCAGUGAGAAGUGCAUUCAAAAGUUACUUGGGGAGGCCAUGGAAAAAGUACUCGAGGACUAUCUUCUGGAAGACAUAUUUGGAUGGUUUGAUUCAUCCAAAGGGGUGGACAGAAUGGAGUGGGAGUUUUGCUUUGUCAACAUUGUAUUAUGCAGAGUACAUGAACACAGGUGUUGGUGCAACUACUAGGGGUAGAGUUAGAUGGCCUGGUUUUCAUGUGCUUAAUAGUCCUCAACAAGUUAGUGCUUUUACAGUAAGCAAUUUCAUCCAGGGACAAUCAUGGAUUCCAAUUUCUGGAGUGCCCUUUUGGGCUGGAAUUAAUUAA